AUGGGUCUGAAUCCCGCCGUGGCCAAGUGCAGGCUCUGCCUCCCCAGGUUACCGGGGGUCCGCCCUAAGUCCACCCAAAUGACCGCAGGGCACCGAGUUUUAAACAGCGUUUCUCUCCCCUCCCUUGAAUUAGAAGAUUGCCCGGACUCUCUAGCGUUGGUCCAGCUCUCGGCUACGCAGCCGCAGCCAGACGCCUUGGAACAGGGCAGAGGCCUCCAGCAAGGGGAGCAGCCCGACCUGAACUUGGAGGAAAAAUUCAACCAGAAGAGGGCAGAGUCAAAUUUCACUUGGAAGCCAGCAAGUGAAGGCAAGUUAACAAAGCAUGACAUUGAGGGAAAAGCAAGACCCCAACCCGGAGACCUGAUUCAGAUCUUUCGAAUUGGCUAUGAGCACUGGGCCAUCUAUCUGGAAGAUGACUGCGUGGUCCACCUGGCUCCCCCAAGUGAGGAGCUGCAGGUGAGCAGCAUCACGUCUGUCUUCAGCAACCGGGCCGUGGUCAAGUACAGCCGGCUGGAGGACGUGCUGCACGGCUGCUCCUGGAAGGUCAACAACAAGCUGGAUGGCACAUACUUGCCGCUGCCCGUGGACAAGAUCGUCCAGCGCACCAAACAGAUGAUCAACCAGAUAGUACAGUACAGCUUGUUCGAGGGCAACUGUGAGCACUUUGUCAACGGCCUCAGAUACGGCGUGCCCAGAAGCCAGCAGGCGGAGCACCUCCUGAUGGAAGGAGCCAAGGUAGCAGGAGCCAUUAUUUCUGCCAUUGUGGAUAGCAUCAACCCCAAGCCAGUAUCUGCCUGA